CACACAAUUUCAAUAACUAGACAGAGUGACAGAGGUUAGACUGAAACUUUUAACGUCUGGUCUAUAGAGCUUAUUCGGCAACGGACAUAAUAUAAAUACAUAUAUAUACAUACAUAUAAAUAUAGAUAAAUAAUAUACAUCUUUAAUACAUAUAUAUACGCAUUUAUAUGUGUGUAUAUGUAUAUAGCUACGAGACUGACAGAAGAGAUUUGAAGACAAUCACUUCCCGCUCAAUGGCUACGUUGUGGUUUCUAUUAUUAAAUAUCCUGGUUCUGGCCCAUGGCGAACUGGACAUGAAUGGACCGAAUGUGUGUCAGAAAAUUCUAACGAAAACACAAACUCGCAUGAUUACAUAUCGUGAACCGUUCAGAGUGAAGACGACCACCUGGUGUCUGGCCUUCCCGCCAAGAUGUACAGAAUGGAUUACAAAAUAUCGCCUCGGAAGGAAAGUCCGGUCGUCUUUAGUCUACAAGAAGACAGCCAUGUGUUGUAUGAACUACGAAGAAGUGAAUGGUCGCUGCCAUCCAAUCUGUGAAUUUGGUUGCAACAACGGCAUUUGUCUGGCACCCAAUAUGUGUCAUUGCCACCCAGGAUGGAGAGGACAUACGUGUGCUUCCCAUUGUUCCAAUGGCACAUGGGGAGUGAACUGUGUAGAGAAAUGUGACUGCAAUGGACACGGAUCAUGCGAACCUAUUACUGGGAUCUGCCAAUGUAUUCCAGGCUGGACUGGUGGAAAAUGCCAGAACGAGUGUCCAGAUAAUACAUAUGGUGUAAAUUGUCAAUCGAUGUGUAAAUGCAAAAACGGAGCAACUUGCGACCAUCUGAAUGGUGCUUGUCUAUGCCAAGACGGUUUCAAAGGAACAUUGUGUGAUCAGGUUUGUCUGGAGGGUGAGAACUGUUCGUCUAAGUGCAAAUGUCACAAUGGAGGUAUAUGUCACCCCCAUGAUGGCUCCUGCGACUGUCCACCAGGAUGGACUGGAAAUAUUUGUUCUCUACCGUGCCCGAAGAACCGCUACGGUAAAAACUGCAAGGAGGUGUGUAGCUGUUAUAACGGCGGCGUGUGUGACACGUUUACGGGAGAAUGUCAGUGCCCACCUGGUGCAAGUGGUGAAAGAUGUCAGAUUCAGUGUCCAGUUGGUACUUGGGGCCCAAACUGCACUUAUGAAUGUGAGUGUCGCAACGGUGGAACCUGUUCUCCAGAAGACGGUUCCUGCCUUUGUCCAGCUGGAUUUACCGGAAGACAUUGUGCCAGUCGAGUUUGUUCACCGAUCACUUAUGGAAAAUACUGUUCUCAUACAUGUGAAUGUGACUGGCAGAACACAAUGCGAUGCCAUCCAGGGACUGGUAAAUGUGAAUGUAGUCCCGGUUUCAAAGGCGAACGAUGCCAGCAGCCCUGUCCGGUACCAUUCUACGGGAAAGACUGUUCAAAAAUGUGUCAGUGUCAGAACGGAGGUGAUUGUGAUCCAAUUAUUGGGAAUUGUACAUGUGCACCUGGUUGGCAAGGACAUCUUUGUACAAAACCAUGCGACCCAGGAACGUAUGGAACACGAUGUGAACAAAAAUGUAUUUGUCAAAACAACGGAACUUGUCUCCCAGACUUUGGUUUCUGUAUUUGUGCGCCAGGUUGGCGAGGUCAUAUGUGCGAAGAACAGUGCCCCGGGGUUUUGUAUGGACAGAACUGUAGCAGAGUCUGCGAUUGUAGGAACGAUGCAUCGUGCGAUCACGUCACUGGAGAAUGUCAUUGUAAGCCGGGAUUCAAAGGAAUUCAUUGUGAAGACACUUGUCCGAAUGGUCGUUUCGGUGUCAACUGUAGAGAACAAUGUCCUUGUACCGCUUCCAAUACUGCCAGGUGUGACUCAGAAACUGGACUCUGUUCAUGUGAACAUGGAUGGACAGGUGUUUUUUGCAACAGUACUUGUCCUGAUGGUAUAUGGGGUGAGAAUUGUGACCGAGUGUGCACCUGUGCUAAUGGUGGAUCAUGUGACAUGAAGACGGGUAAAUGCCACUGUCAACCUGGGUGGAUUGGUGAUAAAUGCGAAGAAGAAUGCGAACCUGGAUAUUACGGUUUCUGGUGUAAACAGUCCUGUCCUGCUUGUCCUGUGCACGACGGGGACUUACGUUGUAACUUACUCACUGGACUUUGCACGUGUCCUCCAGGAAAGAUGGGCUAUCUCUGUGAUAAAGAAUGUCCAAACGGUACAUUUGGUCUCCACUGCAGUGAGAAAUGCGAUUCCUGUUUUAACGGCGCCAGAUGUGAUAGUGUAACAGGCUUUUGUCAGUGUCUACCUGGUUGGCUUGGUGACAAAUGUAACAUUGAGUGUGAACCAGGUUAUUUCGGUGAAAACUGCCAGUUUAAAUGUGAGUGCAGCAAUGGUGGAAAGUGCCGCACCAAUGAUGGCGCCUGCCGAUGUCUUCCGGGAUAUACUGGUGUACACUGUAAAGAAAGUUGUCCAUACGGCCGUUAUGGAGAUAACUGUGAACACGUGUGUAAGUGCAACGAUCAACAGUAUUGUGACUUCAUCUUGGGCUGUACAAUAAAGAUAGCCAAUGCUGCUUACGGCAUGGAGAGCCAAGAGAAGCCAUCCAUGAGCGCCACCACUAUGGUGCUGAUUGUUCUCCUCGUAGUCCUUAUCAUCGUAUUGAUUUCUAUGGCAUUCUAUUACCGAAACAAGCUGCGCCGGUUGGGACUACAAGCGGCUGAAGGAGCUCAAAGAGUCAUGAAAUAUAAGCACAAUGUGGAAGUCGCCGGAAUUGACAACCCCAUCUAUGGAAUGCCAUCUCCCAAUAAUACCCGCAUCCCUAUUUCCGGUCCAAUAUUCCAAGAUGGUGGACCAACAACUACAACGGCAACUGUUGCAGGUGCAGCUGGCGGAAUAACUAGUCCACCAACACAGAACGUGCAACUUGAUCAACACAAUAACAUAGCUAAAUCAGCAAACCCCAGCAAAAACGUCAACCAACUAGGGGCCACAGCAGGCAUAGAUGCAAAUAAAGUCGACAAUAAGCAAAUAGAACGAGACAUGUUAAGUAACAUGGUUGAGAGCGGUUACUCCAUUCCUGUCCGAGUGGCUCUUCCACAUGACGGUAAAGAUGGACCCGAAGAAUAUUAUUACGACAGAUCGAAACUUGGAGAGAGCGAUCAGGAUGAAAUAAGCGAGGAAGACUUCAAUAAAAUAACGCAGCAACCAGGAAAAUUCUAAUUUGAACUCACAAACAACUCCUUCGUUGUUUUUGUUUUAUUAUAUUUUUUACUGUUUCUUCUGUUUUUUUUUUGUUUUUAUUUUCUUUUUUCAAUACUUUUGUUUGUUUUUUUCUCAUGAUUUAUUUUAUUAUUUUUGUUAUUGUUUUAUGUAUUGUUGUUGUUAUUGUGUUGGGGGUGUCGGGAUAAUGUCAAGGGACAGAAGUAAGAGCUGGGGUUUUUUUUGUUGUUGUUCAUUUUUAUCGUUUUGUUUUUGUCUCUAUUUUCGUUUGUGUUUCUUGAUAACAGAAA